CCUGAGUGAUCACGCAUGCGCAGACUGUCUCUCUCUCUCUCUCUCUCUCUCUCUCUCUCUCUCUCGCACGCACCCGCACGCGCCCCCCGCCGGUGUCAGUGUGUGUGUCGGCUGCAGAGCGCGCGCUGCUUGUGGAUGCCAGCCGGAGUCAAACUGGAUCAGUAAAUCUUGUUUUCCUCUUAUAUUGGACGUUUUUGAACGGAGGUUUGGUGCAGCAGAGUCCGCGCCUCUAGAACCGCUCAACUCCGGUCUCUCAUCUUCUGACCUUUGACCCCUUCAACGACCUUUCCGAUGAUCCUAAAGCGAUGACCCACCUCCAUCAUCGUCACCACACCCGUCGCCAUGGUCACCACCGGUGACGGACCUGUCCGCCACAAAAGCCUCCCGUCUCCGCUCCCGUCCGAUCGGCGGCGGGGAUGCACGUGAUGGGCAGCGUCUCGCCGGCCAAUGAGAGGGACGGUUUCUGCCUCCAGGUGGAGGACGUGGCCGUCGCCGUGUCGGCGUCUCCUCCUCGUCCUCCGUCGGGGUUUUCUGAUGUCGAGGGCGAGCAGAAGAGACCGCCUCCCGCUCCUCCUCCUCCUCCGCCCCCACCUCCCCCACCUCCACCCCCUCCUCCUCCGCCACCUCCUCCACCUCCUCUGCUGCCCCUGCUUCCAGCACUAGGAGACCCUGUAGAAGGCCUGAGGAAGAAGAGGAGGGUGAGGAGUUUCUUUUGGAAAAAGAUACCAGAAGAUCAGGUGAAGGGGCGGGCCAACCUGUGGACUCAGGGCCGAGUGGAGCAGCAGUACCAGAUCGACGUCCAGACCAUCGAGGACCUGUUCAGUCAGAACGACCGUCAAUCAAACGCCACGCCCACCAGGGGAGAGAAGACCAGGGGCUCGUUCAGAGACGCCAAAGAGGAGGUCUCCAUUUUAGACUCGAAGCGAGUGAUGAACAUCGGGAUUUUCCUCAAACAGUUCAAGAGGCCCAAUCAGACGAUAGUAGACGAUAUUCGCCAUGGCAACAGUGAGCCUUAUGGGGCGGAGCCUCUGAAAGAGCUGCUGAAGCUGCUGCCGGAGACCGAGGAGGCGAAGAAGCUGAAGGCGUACCACGGCGACGUCUCUAAGCUCUCAUUGGCCGAUUCCUUCGUGCACCUGCUGAUUCAGCUCCCCAGUUACUCCGUCCGGAUUGAGUCCAUGCUGCUGAAAGAGGAGUUUCCUGGAGCGUGUGAGGUCAUUCAUCGAGACAUUCAGAUCCUUCGCUCCGCUGCCAAAGAGUUAAUGUGUUGUGAGGAGCUCCAUGCUGUUCUCCACCUGGUGCUGCAGGCCGGGAACAUCCUCAACGCUGGAGGUUAUGCAGGAAACGCUGUUGGUUUCAAGCUGUCGUCCCUUCUGUCUCUGGCCGACACCAAGGCCAACAAACCGGGCAUGAACCUGCUGCACUUCGUCGCUCUGGAAGCUCAGAAAAAAGACACAAAGCUGUUGGAGUUUCCCCUGAAGCUGAAUCACGUCCAGCCUUCAGCCAGGAUCUCCUUGGAAACGCUGGACGCUGAACUGCAGUGGCAGACGACUCGUACGCGCUCAGUAGAGGAGAACGUCCAGAGAGACACGGAGCUGCUGCAGCAGCUGGACAGCUUCCUGCAGUCGGCCACCUCGUCUCUGCUCUCGCUGCGAGACAGUCGGCAGCAGCUGAAGAAGGAAGGCAGCGAGCUGAUCGACUUCUUCUGUGAAGACCGAGAGACGUUCCGACUGGACGACUGCUUCAGCAUCUUCAAUACCUUCUGCUCCAAGUUCACUGCUGCUGUCAAGGAGAACAAGGAGCGGGAGGUGAAGGAGGCGGCCCGGCGCCGGCGGAUACAAGAGCUGGAGGAGCAAAAGAGGCACUCGUGGGCCGGCGCCGAGGAGGUCGAUGGAGCGGUCAGGUUACGCAGCGGCAGCGUGACGGACAUGUCGAGACACGACGACACCCGGCUGCUGGCGGAGCUCCUGUCCCCGAAGUUCAUCCAGCACAACGGCCACAACUCUCUGGGCCGCUCGGGGAGCUCACGGCGCUCCCGGAGAACUCCGUCCACCUCGCCAGUUUUCGUCGCUGACCGCGAACUGAACUCGUUCCUGGCGACGGCGAGCCCUGACCACAAAGCGGCAAGGACAGCUUUUCCAAGACUCUCCCCUACGACUCGACCGCAAAGUCCGAGAGUCGCCCAAAACCAGCAAACGCCCUCCUCGCCUCCGUCCAACCAUACAACCGCCACUUACCUCAGCGACGACGCUACCCAGACUCCAGUAAACGCCAUCAGUCCCACGGAUAAAGUUCAAACUACCUCUGAUUCGAACCAGCAAUCCGACCGCAACAACAAAGAUCGUCCAGCAACGCCUUCGGAGCGUCAGUCUGGUUCGAGGGGGGAACUCGCCAGAACGAACAAAGCUGAUCCGGAUUUUCGUGGACGGACCGCCAGCAGCGACGAGGCGUCCGAACGCAACACGUCUUCGACAGGAAACAUGUCUGUAGUUUUAGAGAAACGCACGUUGGUGCCUGAGCUGAAAGUGUUCGACAAGGUCGCCGCCCUGACCAACAAAGCGCCUCACGCCGGUCGCCACAAACACCAGGACGAUGAGCGAACGAACUCACAGAUUGAGACUUCCUCGCAGGAAGAGGAUAAGGUGGUCGUGUGGUGUGUGACGGGCGUGUGCGAGGCAGCCGACGAGCUCACGCACGCCGACAACGCGCAAACUGAGCAGCAUCAGCGUAGGAGCGACAAUCAGGGAGGAAGCCAGCAAGCUUCCUCUUCCACAGCCAAUCGCACGCCUUCAGAACCUCAGCCGGCCAAUCAGAAGCCAGUGCCUAAACCCAUCAGCAGCCAACCGGUGCCUGUCUCCCGCGGUGACGACCCGUCGCGUCCCGCCUCUUCGCCCAGGUGGCGCCCAGCAGAUGGCUCCACCAAAGAGAAGCGAAAGUCAGUCGACAGGAGCAGAACUACUUCCAGUCGGACAACCAAUCAGAACGCAGAAGCAGCUUCUUCCACGAAUGGAACGGCAGAUUCGUCCAAAUCGUCCACCAAGAACCUCCCUACCUCUAGAACUCGAUCCGCUUCGAUGAUACUCGCCGCCGCCAACAAAAACAAGCCUGUCCGCACCCUCACGGACUCUGAGAACCAGAGCAUGAGGCGGGUCGUGCCCAUCUCCAGGACCAGCAAGCGUCCCGAGAAGCCUCCCGCCGCAGCACCCACCGGUCCUCCUGCCGCCAACCUCAUCAGGCGAGGAGAGAGGCCGUCGACCGCUCCGUCGUCCCGCCGCUCCAGCCUCCCCAAGAUGCCGGACCCGAAGGAUUCGAAAGACCAGAAGGAGAAGAAGCAGGAAAGGAAGCCGUCGAUCCGGAAGCCCGUAGCAAAACCCAAACCGCCGCCGGAGGAGAGGAUGUGCCGCUCCACGCUGCGGGCGCUCGCUCAAGCAGGAGCGGGAGCUGGAGGAGGUGGAGGAGGAGGCAGCGUCAGUGCUCCUGUUACUCCUUUACACAAACCCGCUUCAUCGUCAUCAUUUCCAAGUUUCGCCCGAAGCACCGCCUCGUCUUCUUUCAGACGAACCAACACCACCCUCGCUCCUCCUGCUCCGUCACCCCACGCCGACGCCCUUAAAUCCUCCUCCAAGACUUCCUCUUCCUCUUCUUCCGUCGCCCCAUCCUCGCCUUUAACCCGGACAGGUUCGCUGAGAUCCACCGCCACCUCCACACCGUCCUCCUCCUCCCCGCUCAGGAGGUCUCAGACCAUCAAGGCGCCUCCUCGCUCGCCGCUCCACGACCCGCUGGUUCCCCUUAAAGGCCACCGGCGGAGCGACAGCGGCACCUUCUCCGACAAGUCAACUCACUCCAAAGACUCGGGCAAGUCCAGCAGGCCGGGAUGGAGAUAACAGGAGGAGCAGCGUCUCCUACUCCGUCCCUCUUUACUGGAGUCAGAGGAUACAUUCCAAUAUGAAGUACAGACUCCUAGUUAUGUAGGAAGCAAGGAAAGGAAAGAAGGUUCAAUUCCGAUAUGAAGCAC